GAUUCGGGACGCGGAUUGCGGGUUUGGAGAUGUGAAUCCCGGUCCGUUUGCCCCAAUGUUUGCAUCACGUCACGUCGAGCCAUCCAGCUAUCUAUCUUCUCGCGACUGCAACUAUCCUCUUGGCGAGCAAUAUUCUCCAUCGCAAGGACAAGUCUUGCGGCAGCAUCAAUUCUGUCCACCACAAAGCACAGGCAGCGACAGGCAGACAUGGACAAGGCCAGCCAUCCCGCAGACGCACCGCCUGCAUCGUCAACGGUGCCUCAAGGCAGUGAUGUCGACAGCAACCAACACACUACCGAAACAAAGCCACCAGUUCAGGCCGUGCAACCGCCUGCUGAUGCCGAGACGAAGCAGCCGGAAUGGGCUACUGGCCUCCGGUUGCUCAAUAUCAUGGUUGCCAUAACUUUUGUAUGCUUCCUGAUGCUGCUAGAUGGAACCAUUGUCGUCGCAGCUGUACCUCGCAUUACUGAUGACUUCAAUUCCCUGAACGACAUCGGCUGGUACGGGGCUGCCUAUCAGUUGGGAAGCGCGGUAUUUCAACCGCUCACUGGGAAAGUGUACAUGAAGUUCAAGCCUCAGUGGACAUUUCUCGGCUUCUUCUUCAUAUUCGAAGUUGGUUCCUUGAUUUGCGGAGUGGCCACGUCCUCGGCCAUGCUGAUUGUAGGCCGCGUUGUGGCAGGAAUUGGAAGUUCGGGGAUUUUGAAUGGUGCCCUACUCAUCAUAUCUGAAUGUGUUCCGAUGCAGAAGAGACCAACUCUCAUUGGCAUCGUCAUGGGCAUAUCUCAGCUCGGAUUGGCAAGUGGUCCUCUUAUCGGUGGGGUUUUGACACAGUACGCUACAUGGCGAUGGGCGUUCUACCUCAAUCUGCCCGUCGGUGGUCUUGUGGCCAUAAUGCUCGUCUUCGUCCGUGUUCCUCUACAACACCCCCGACCACCUCCCAUGUCUGUCCUUCGCACAUUGCAUACGAGCCUCGAUCUUUUCGGCUUCGCGAUAUUUGCCCCGGCACUCAUAAUGCUGUUACUCGCUCUGCAGUGGGGCGGCACCACGUUCUCAUGGAAUAGCUCGACGAUUAUCGGUCUUUUUGUUGGAGCUGGUGCAACCUUCAUCCUUUUUCUCGUUUGGGAUUAUCGCAAGGGUGACGCAGCAAUGAUACCGCUCUCGAUAGUGAAAAUAAGGACUGUCUGGGCGAGUUGCCUCACGUAUGGGUUGCUCGUCGGCAACCUGUACAUUGCAUCAUACUGGGUACCGGUCUACUUCCAAGGUGUCAAGGGUGCCUCUCCAACCAUGAGCGGUGUAUAUAUCCUUCCCAUGAUCCUGGCGCAUGUGUUUGCAUCUAUGCUAUCAGGUCCCAUCGUCAAUGCGGUCGGAUAUUACAUCCCAGUCGCUCUCUUUGCAGCAGUCUUGAUGUCUGUGGGGAGCGGACUCAUAUCUACAUUUUCUCCUUCUACCCCGACAGGUAAAUGGAUUGGUUACCAGAUCAUCUACGGGGCUGGCCGUGGUCUUGGUCUACAAAUGCCGAUCCUCGCCGUCCAAAACACCGUGCCACCCCAGCAAAUCCCGAUUGCCAUGGCCUUGACCAUUUUCAGCCAGUCCUUCGGAGCAGCUGUUUUUCUAAGUUUGGCGGAAACCAUCUUCAGCAAUAGUUUUCGCUCUCUCAUUACCACAUACGCGCCGUCGGCAAAUGGUGAGGCCGUCAUUGAAGCCGGGGCAACUGGGUUCCGUAAAUAUGUGUCCGGUGACGAGCUUGCUGGCGUCUUGUUAGCCUAUGCCAAAAGUAUCGAUCGCGUCUUUUAUAUGGCGGCGGGUAUAGGGGUUGGAGUAUUUGCUUUCGCAUGGGGUAUGGGAUGGAAGAAUCUUAAAAAAAAGAAUGUCCCUUCCAAAGCGUAG